AUGGCGUCGUUUCGGAACUUUCCUAGCUUCAUGAGCUUGAUUGAUACAGUUGACAACGUGCCACUCGACUUUGACUUUGGUCAUUUGUACAAGCUUUUACUCCCCGGCGACGGAAGAUCCCACGGUUUCAUCGUCCCCGCCACUGUCUCAAGAUUGCCCUGGACAGGCGACUUCGUCGUCGACCAUGAGUGCCGUUUCGUCCAGGUCAAGGAUGCGCCCUCCGGCGCAGAUCCCAGCACCUGGUGCAAUCGAGCCUUCCAGGCGGUGGUCGACGCCAUCGUGGCGGACGGCGACACCUUCACGUCCGUCGACGGACGCCACAGCGAGCCGUUUCGCGUCAUGGGCGCAGACUACCCCGUCAGCAUCGAGAGGUUCCCGGCGCCCCUAUUCGGAAUCGGGUCUCGCGGGGCGCACAUGACAGGGUACGUGAGGACUGCGGAGGGCCUGAAGAUCUGGGUGCCGAGGCGGAGUCGACACUUGUUCACGUAUCCUGGCAUGCUUGACACGACUGUUGCUGGUGGCGUCAAGGCGGCCGACGAGCCGUGGGACUGUAUCGUCGCUGAGGCGGGCGAGGAAGCGUCGCUGCCGACCGACUACGUCCAAGAGCACGCCCAACCCGUCGGCGCCGUGACGUACGUCCACAAGAAUGAUGCCAAGGGCGCCGUGUUCCCCACUGUUCUGUACGUGUACGAUCUGGAGAUGCCUGAGACGAUGGUGCCGGAGCCGAUGGACGAUGAGGUCGAGGAGUUCUUGCUCAUGUCGGUGGAAGAGGUCACGGAGGCGAUGCUCAGGGAGGAGUUCAAGGCAAACUGCGUGCUGGUGAUGCUCGACUUUUACGUGAGGCAUGGCAUCUUGACGGCUGCGAACUCGACCGAAUAUCUCGACAUUCUCACUCGACUGAGACGUCCGCUGCCCAUUGCUACGAGCCCGAAAGCUGGUAAUUGA